CGGGACGCCGCCCCCCGCGGGCGGGCGCUGCCGGCGGCGCGGAGCGGCGAGCGCGGGCUGAGACGACGACGGCGAGGAGGAGGAGGAGGCAGAUGCGUUUCUGUGCCUGUGGAGACUUCGUUGCUUCGCCUCAGCCCUAUGUGACUCUGGGGGAAGGAUCAUGACCGAAGUCCUUCUCUCUGCUGCUCUGAACGGAACUGAGCCCAACCUGCUGUCCAGCAGCGGCUGGUCUGCGGGAAACGUCACCACCAAGUGCUCCCUGACCAAAACCGGCUUCCAGUUCUAUUACCUGCCCACCGUCUACAUUCUGGUCUUCAUCACGGGGUUUUUGGGCAACAGCGUGGCUAUCUGGAUGUUUGUCUUCCACAUGAGGCCUUGGAGCGGCAUCUCGGUUUACAUGUUCAACUUGGCACUGGCCGAUUUCUUGUAUGUCUUGACUCUGCCCGCCCUCAUCUUUUACUACUUCAACAAAACAGACUGGAUCUUCGGAGAUAUCAUGUGCAAGCUGCAGAGGUUCAUCUUCCACGUGAACCUGUACGGCAGCAUCCUGUUUCUGACCUGCAUCAGCGUGCACAGGUACACGGGGGUGGUGCACCCCCUCAAGUCGCUGGGCAGGCUGAAGAAGAAGAACGCCAUGUACAUCAGCAGCCUGGUCUGGGUCCUCGUGGUGGCCGCCAUCUCUCCAAUACUCUUCUACUCGGGAACAGGGAUAAGGAAAAAUAAAACCAUAACGUGCUACGACACGACGGCUGACGAUUACCUGAGAAGUUACUUCAUUUACAGCAUGUGCACCACCGUGCUGAUGUUCUGCAUCCCCUUCAUAGUGAUUCUUGGUUGCUAUGGGCUCAUCGUGAAAGCUUUGAUUUACAAGGAUUUGGACAAUUCUCCUCUCAGGAGAAAAUCCAUUUACCUGGUCAUCAUUGUGUUGACGGUCUUUGCGGUGUCUUACCUUCCCUUCCACGUGAUGAAGACCUUGAAUCUAAGGGCCAGGGUGGAUUUUCAAACCCCAGAUAUGUGUGCCUUCAACGAUAAGGUUUAUGCCACUUACCAAGUGACGAGGGGCCUGGCCAGCCUCAACAGCUGCGUUGACCCCAUCCUUUACUUCCUGGCAGGCGACACCUUCCGAAGGAAGCUGUCCAGGGCCACCAGGAAAUCAUCCAGAAGGAGCGAGCACAACGUGCAGUCCAAAAGCGAGGAAAUGACUCUCAAUAUUUUAACAGAGUACAAACAGAACGGAGAUACCAGUUUGUGAACGAAUGCAGAUUUGGGAACGGUUCGAAAAAAUCCUCCGCUUUGAGGCAGUAGGAGACUGUAGGGCUUACGAGUGUGUGAGGAAAAGCUACCAGUCUCAAAUUCUUUUUUAGAUAAAGCCUCAUUUUCUGGUCUUAGGAAAAGCUUAACAAAGUCAGUGGAAGAAUUUUAAGGGAAAAUAACGUGUUAGAAUUCAGCUUUCCUUCAGUAGUUUCAUUUAUUUCUGACUUCUGUCAGAUAAAGUAAAAUGAAAUAAAUCCCCUAAAGGAGGAGAGCAAUCCAAGUGCAUCUGGUUUAAUGACUUAGUCUCCCACGUUUGAAAAUGUUCUCAGUCAGCCUGUCUUUAAAAAUAGGAAAUAAAAAUAAGAGCAGUAUCUUGUCUUCUGAGGCUCAGUCACAGACCAGGCUCUCUGCUGACUCGCUGUCGUACGCAAGGAUUUAAAUCAAAGUCAUGAUGCAGUUACCGUUUUCAGUUUUAGUAUCUUUUUUCAUCUACUUCUAGUGCUGAUAAUUACUCGAUAGUUUGGUGGCAUUUAUGGUUCAGUCCUCUUUCAGUGCCGGUGUUUUACUCCAGGUAGGCUUUGCUGGUGUGUGCAUGGUUGUGCUUUGGGAUUGCGGUGGUUGUUCGUGGCAGAGCUGCCCCCAGGGCUCCCCGGUGCCCCCCGGGUGGGCACGGGAGCGUCCCCGGGCGCUGCCGGGCGCGCGGGCGCUGCCGGGCACG